GGAGGAGGAGGUCUCCAGGACGGCACGUCAGGAGACCCCGUCCCCCCCCCGUCCCACCGCCUCCUGGACGCCGGGACGAGUCUCCACCGCGCUGAGGUUCCAGAGUGUCUGUCUGACCUGUGUCUGUGUGUCUGUCUCGUUCUGAAGUGUCCGUCUGAGUUGAGACGCCGUCAGGAGGAUGUCUGCCUUACGAGAGCUGCUCCCUCUGCUCCUCCUGCUCCUCCUGCUCCUCCAAGCUUCCCGUUGCCAUGGAGCCUGCGUGGAGGUGGAGUCGGACACGGAGGCCGUGGCCAACGACGGCUUCAAGCUGGGCUGCAUCUCCUGCAAGAGGAGGGGCGAGGUGACGGCCGACGCCACCGUCACCUGGUUCUUCAAGGCCUCAGACGAGACCGAGUUCACAGCGUUGUACAAGUACGAGCAUCUGAGGGGUGAAAUCAUGGACCCACGUUUCUACGACCGUCUGGAAUGGAACGGCAGCAAAGACACCAAAGACCUGCAGGACGGCUCCAUCUACAUCCUCAACGUCACCCACAACGACACGGGCACCUACAUGUGCAUGUUCACCCGGGUCCUCAAGUACCUCAACUUUGACUUUCCCAGCAACUCCAGCAAGAUUAUCGACAUGAAAGUGGUGUCGCGACUCACCAGGGGAAUGGCGUCCAUCCUGUCUGAGGUGAUGAUGUACGUCUCCAUUAUUGGGCUGCAGUUCUGGCUGGUGGUUGAGAUGAUUUACUGCUACAGGAAGAUCUCAGCGGCCGGAGAGGAAGCGCUGAGAGAGAGCGCGGCCGAAUAUUUAGCUAUAGCAUCGGAAAGUAAAGAUAAUUGUGCAGGUUUGCAAGUGGCAGAAUAGAACUGGUCGAGGAAGAAUUCAAGGCGACUUCCUUGAGGAGGUUCACUUCACUUCUUCACUUCUUGUACAAGACGGACUCAAGGCGACAAAUGUCUCAGUGGAAAGCGAUUUUUUCUGUUUUUGAAGUGACUUUCUGCAUCAGGAUGGAAAGGGCCGAGGCGUCUGGCGUCCUCAGGUCAUUGUGAGACAAGACAAGAGGAGGAAGGAUUUUAACUGUAUAUACAGAAACAGAUAACCUUUGAAUACAUGUAGAGUAUAUUAAACACUGUAUAUGACUGUCUGCAUGCUUACGAGCUCAUUGAUAACAGUUAGACUUGCCUCCAAUGUGCAGCUGAACCAGUUUUAUCUGAUUUAAUUUAACACGGACGGGAUCAACGUUUCCUCUGCAGCUUUACACGGAAAACCUGUAACUAAACACCAGAAGUAGUAAAAUAAAAUGUGGCUAAAAGCUGCAGAGGAGACAGUGCAGAACUUAAUGCAAGAACAAAACUAAUCUGUAGGUUUUUUUCUUUCCUGCACAGAUUUAAGAAAACUGUGCAUUUUAAAACCUUCCUGGAUCCGGCAGAACUUUCUACAUUUCUGAAUAAAGUACUUAAAGUAGAGAAGCAAAUAUUUUGAAAUAUUUUUAUGCACAAUGUAGAAAUGUAGAAAAUGCUGAAGGAUGCAAAAACAUUUUAAAAAGUACAUGUGCAGAAUCAGAUGGAUUAUUACCACGUUGUGUUGACGCGACAGGAAACGUUGAGGAUGCUUUUUUUGUUUUUUAUAUGAAGCAGGACGAGACACUGAGACAGGAAUUCACCAACGCUCCUGAGAGCUUUUAAACCACCGUCUGCAGACCAACACUGUGCUUCAACUUAUCCAUUUUGCUCUUCCCAAGAAAACACAGCAGUAGAACUGACAUCUCACACUAAAGUGUCUUUGUAGAAACGUAAGGGCUUCGGUUAUUUGCUGUUCUCUAAACUGCCGUGGUCAAACUGCCCCAGUCGAACCCGUCCAGAGCACAGAGACGAAGCCUCGUCUCCAAAACUUUAAAGAAGAAAACGAAGCAUCAGCAGCUGCAGUUGCUUCAGUGUCGCCGCCGGUCUCCAAAUUUACUGCUCAUCUCUUUUUUACUCAACCACAUGUUUCUCUCUGAGAGGACACGUCGCCCACAAGCUGAUUCAGUUGCUUUACAUCCUCUAAACGCCUCUUCCUUCACCGAAUAAACUGCAGCCUUCACUUCAUGUGUAGGUGUGGAAAUGUUGCUUGCCAAAAAUAAAGAAAUAAAUUAA